UGAUGAGAAGAAACUUUUGAAAGAGGGAGAUGACAACGACGACGAAGCUGUUUGUGUUUGUGCCUCCUCUUCCUACAAUUCAAAUCGAAAGAAAAAAAAUUACAAACUUAGAAUCUUGAAAGAGACAAAAAAAAAAAGGAGAAAGAAUGGUCGGAAGCAAAGAUAAAUCGAAAGAGAAACGAGACAAGAGACUCCAAGAGAUCUCCCUCCUUCGUACUAUUCCAUACUCCGAUCAUCAGAGGUGGUGGACUUCGGAAACCGUGGCGGUGGUAACAGGUGCAAAUAGAGGGAUAGGAUUUGAAAUGGUGAGACAAUUGGCCGGACAUGGAUUAACAGUUAUCCUAACAUCUAGAGACGAGAAUGUAGGCGUCGAAGCCGCCAAGAUCCUUCAAGAAGGUGGAUUCAAUGUUGAUUUCCACCGCCUCGAUAUCUUGGACCCUUCCUCAAUUCAAGAUUUUUGCGAAUGGAUUAAAGAAAAAUAUGGAUGUAUUGAUGUUUUAAUAAAUAAUGCAGGAGUAAACUACAAUGUUGGAUCAGGUAACUCGGUUGAGUUCUCANUUAUAUAA